UUCAGGCCCGAGGCCAUGCUGUGCACAGCCCUGGUCAUGGCUGGCAGCCUGGCGCUCAACGGCGUGGUUGCCCAUGCCUAUUACCUGAAGCACCAGUUCUACCCCACCGUGGUUUACCUCACCAAAUCCAGCCCCAGCAUGGCCGUGCUGUACAUCCAGGCCUUCGUGCUCGUGUUCCUGCUGGGCAAGUUCAUGGGCAAGGUUUUUCUUGGCAGCUGCGCGCGGGCCGAGAUGGAGCACCUCCUGGAGCGCUCGUGGUACGCGGUGACCGAGACCUGCCUGGCCUUCACCGUCUUCAGGGACGACUUCAGCCCGCGCUUCGUCGCCCUCUUCACCCUCCUCCUCUUCCUCAAGUGCUUCCACUGGCUGGCUGAGGACCGGGUGGAUUUUAUGGAGAGGAGCCCCAACAUCUCGUGGCUCUUCCACUUCCGCAUCGUCUCCCUGAUGUUCCUGCUGGGGAUCCUGGAUUUCCUCUUCGUCAGCCACGCCUACCACAGCAUCCUGACCCGCGGCGCCUCCGUCCAGCUCGUCUUCGGCUUCGAGUACGCCAUCCUGCUGACCAUGGUGCUGACCAUCUUCAUCAAGUACGUGCUGCACUCCAUCGACCUGCAGAACGAGAACCCCUGGGACAACAAGGCCGUGUUCAUGCUCUACACCGAGCUCUUCACCGGGCUGAUCAAGGUGCUGCUCUACAUGGCCUUCAUGACCAUCAUGAUCAAGGUGCACACGUUCCCGCUCUUCGCCAUCCGCCCCAUGUACCUGGCCAUGAGGCAGUUCAAGAAGGCCGUCACCGACGCCAUCAUGUCCCGCCGGGCCAUCCGCAACAUGAACACGCUGUACCCCGACGCCACGGCCGAGGAGCUGCAGGCCAUGGACAACGUGUGCAUCAUCUGCCGUGAGGAGAUGGUGACGGGCGCCAAGCGCCUGCCCUGCAACCACAUCUUCCACACCAG